AUGGUGGAGCCCGUGUGCAGAUUCUUCGGCGUGGAGAUUCCUGCAGGCAAGGAGGUGCAGAUCGUCGCGGCCGUGGAUGCUGACAUGGAGGGCUACGAGGUCGUGCACGUGACCCAGAUUGCACUGGGCGCCGAGCCUGACAAGGGACCCCACACCAUCUUCAUCAGCACUGAGGAGUACAAGGCAGCCGUGGGCACCCUGGAUGCGGUGCACCAUCCCCACAUUGGCGUCGACUACACUGUGAGCCUGGAGGGCAUCACGCUGAGCCACACGGGGCGCUCCUCCGUCUUUGUCUCCGGCUACAAGACCAUCGCGUCCUUCAUGAGCGAUGACGACGACGACGAGCAUGGCGUGGCUGAGUACGUCGCCGCGCUGAAGGCCGUGCUGCAGGCUCAGGGCCCGCAGCGGGUGUCGGCGCUGGGCGCGCUGGUCAAGCGCCCACCCCAGGUGCCCAAGCUCAAGUCGACGGUGGGCGCCAACCCCGCCAUCUUCCUGCACGACCUCGUCACCGACAUCGUGUCCCUCGUGGAGUGA